AUGCCACGAAUUGACCCUUCGGGUCUGUCAGAUAGUCAGCAUGCUAAAAAAGCCAGCCAUUGUAUCGAUAGUUUACGACGUCUUGGUGCUCUUCAUGCCGUUGAUUUGCCAACUGUUGUGUUCUGUGGUAAUCAUUCUGCGGGGAAGAGUAGUUUGUUGAAGGCUAUUUCCGACAGCACAUGUACCCGAUGUGUAAUGGAAAUGGAAUCAAAAGAAUCCUGGCAAUGUCAAUUAAAACUAAGAAAAGAAUAUGACGACUAUGGCGAUGAAAAAUUAUCACGCCCAUUAGAAUUUGAGUUCGGUAGCCUUAUCAACGACACAACCGAUGUAGAACACAUGGCAAGACGUGCACAGAAAGCUCUUAAUCUUAAAGAGAAUUGGACUAAAUACAGUGGCGAUCAAAA